AUGGAGAACGCCAAGCGGGAUCUUCCCAAGAUCCGCGAUGAAGAGCGCGAGCGCAUGAUGGGUUCCGUCUUCUCAGUAUCAGGUCCAGUUGUCGUAGGCGAGAACAUGCGCGGUGUGGCCAUGUACGAGUUGGUCCGAGUAGGACACGAUGAGCUUGUCGGAGAGGUUAUCAGGAUCGAGGCCGACCGGGCUACUAUCCAGGUGUAUGAGGAGACGUCGGGUGUGACGGUCGGUGAUCCGGUGUUGAGGACGGGGAAGCCAUUGUCGGUUGAGCUUGGUCCUGGUCUGAUGACCAACAUCUACGAUGGUAUCCAACGUCCUCUGAAGGGUAUCCGAGAACAGUCCCAAUCCAUUUACAUUCCCCGUGGUAUCAACACCCAAGCUCUCUCCCGCGAGAUCAAGUGGGACUUCAAUCCGUCCAAGUUCAAGGUCGGCGACCACAUCUCUGGCGGUGAUAUUUUCGGAAGCGUGUUCGAAAACUCGCUCGUCGAUAAUCACAAGAUCAUGCUUCCGCCAAGGGCUAUGGGUACGAUCACCAGGAUCGCAGAGAAGGGGUCUUAUACUGUUGAUGACAUUGUGCUCGAGACCGAGUUCCAGGGCAAAAAGUCGGAGCACAAGAUGAUGCAGCUGUGGCCUGUGCGUGCGCCCCGACCAGUCGCGCAAAAGGAGACGGCCAACUACCCGCUCUUUACGGGUCAGCGAGUGCUGGAUGCCUUGUUCCCGUCGGUUCAGGGUGGAACGACCGCUAUUCCCGGUGCUUUCGGAUGUGGAAAGACUGUCAUUUCGCAGGCGCUGUCCAAGUUCUCCAACUCGGACAUCAUCAUCUACGUCGGAUGCGGAGAGCGUGGAAACGAGAUGGCUGAAGUCUUGGCGGAUUUCCCCGAGCUUACGCUCGAACGCGAUGGCCGGGAAGAACCUAUCAUGAAGCGUACCGCCCUCGUUGCCAACACGUCCAACAUGCCCGUCGCUGCGCGCGAAGCCUCCAUCUACACCGGUAUCACCCUGUCCGAGUACUUCCGAGACCAAGGCCAGAACGUCGCCAUGAUGGCCGACUCCACCUCGCGUUGGGCUGAAGCUCUCCGUGAGAUCUCGGGUCGUCUCGCCGAAAUGCCCGCCGAUUCGGGAUACCCCGCAUACCUCGGUGCCAAGCUCGCCUCCUUCUACGAGCGUGCGGGUCGUGUCAGCUGCCUCGGAUCGCCCAACCGUAACGGUACCGUCUCGAUCGUCGGUGCCGUCUCGCCCCCCGGUGGAGACAUGUCGGACCCCGUCACGACCGCCACGCUCGGUAUCGUCCAAGUCUUCUGGGGUCUCUCCAAGACCCUCGCCCAGCGCAAACAUUUCCCGUCGGUCGAUUGGAAUAUCUCGUACUCGAAAUACCUCAAGAUCCUGGAUCCCUACUAUGAGAAGGAGAGUGCAGGGUUCAUUGAGCUCCGGACGAGGGCAAAGGAGAUUUUGCAAAAGGAGCAGGAUCUGGCGGAGAUUGUGCAGCUGGUAGGGAAGAGUGCGCUGGGUGAGAGCGACAAGAUUACGCUCGAGAUUGCCAGGAUGCUCAAGGAUGACUUCCUCCAGCAGAACGGUAUCUCUGAGUAUGACCGAUACUGUCCCUUCUACAAGACGGCCGGGAUGCUCAAGAACUUUGUGGCGUACUAUGACUGCUCGCAGCGCGCUGUCGAGUCGAGCGAUAUGACAUUUGCCAAGAUCCGUGACGCAACAGGCGACUGCGCGUUCAAGCUGUCGCAAAUGAAGUUCGAGUCGCCCAACACGCAGAGCGAGGAGGAUAUUACGGGCAAGUUUGAGCAGUUGUAUCAGGAGAUCCAGGAGACGUUCCGGCGCUUGCAGGAGUAG